CAACUCUGACUCAAAAUGAGCAUAAAAGCCCACCCUCUCUCACCUCCCCUUGCUAAGAUUCAUCACCAUUUUAACUUAUUGAGAGGAGAAGAAGAGAAACAAAAGAAGAAGAAAAUAAGCAAUGGCUUUUAGAAUCAAUGGGUUUCUUCUUCUACAAGUGCUAUACCUCUCAGCACUUCUCAUAAUUCCCUUAUCUUCAGGCAUUGUUACUGAAGGCUUCAAGGAUGGCAUGGAUCCCAUUAAUUUGUUUCACAAGAAUGACGUCGAAAUCAUUUCGAGGAAGCUUCGGAGGCUCCAUGCAACAAUGCAGGACUACGACGAUACAGGAUCCAACCCUAGGCACGACCCUAGAAAGAGGACCGGCAAUGGCAGGAACCCAUGAGACUGCCGUAAUAUAGCAAUCCGAGGUUUUGGUCACGUAUAAGCAGACCUAAUAUAGGAAUCCGAACGAGGUUCUUCAUCGAUACAUAUGUAUGUAUGUAUAUGUAUGUAUGUAUGUAUGAAUGCACGUAUGCACGUAUGUAAGAAUGCAUUGUAUGUAUGUAUGUACGUAUGUCUGUAUAAACUAGUUUGUGUGUUUGUGGACAUAGGAAUACAAAUAUCUUUGUACCAUAUUCUUCUUCCUGUGGCUAUAGACAUUGCUGCUAAUCGAUCGUCUUUA